UCUUGAGAAAAAAAAAAAAAAAGCCCUCUGUGUGAAAGGACAUUUCCUGUUUGUGAACUGUGUAGUGCUCUUCCUCAGGCCCGGUGGGCCAGCCCCACUGUGUGUCUGGGUCUCCAGCUGGUACCCAGGUUGCUCUAGAACCUAGAAUCUGAAAACAGCUCAGUGGGAAUAUCAGCAGGUUACACAGAUUUCUCCAGAGUUAAAAUGAAAGUCCCAGGGUGCCAAGAUUCACCUGCUCCUUCCUCAGGCAGAGAAAAUCUAGCAGUCGAGUUUGUCUCUGUGUGACUUUGGCAAAUUACCUUAGCAGGACUUUAUUUGUAGUUUCACAAAUAAUCUCAGGAAAGCUAGACGGCACCAAACUCCAGUCCUACUGUUAAAGAGCAGGACAAUCAGCUCCUCUGCCUACAUUUUCUUUUGUCUUUUGUUUGUUUUAGACAGGGUCUCACUCUGUCACCCAGGCUGGAAUGUAGUGCCAUGAUCACGGCUCACUGCAACCUCAACCUCCCACGCUUACAAGAUCCCGCCACCUCAGCCUCCCAACUCUCUUGGCCUUCUGGUUUCUACCUGAUCAUGUCCCUGGCGGAGGCCAUCAGCCUCUGGAAUGAAGGGGUGCUGGCAGCUGACAAGAAGGACUGGAAAGGAGCCCUAGACGCCUUCAGUGCAGUCCAGGACCCCCACUCCCGGAUUUGCUUCAACAUCGGCUGCAUGCACACCAUCCUGAAAAACAUGACUGAAGCCGAGAAGGCCUUUUCCAGAAGCAUUAACCGAGACAAGCACUUGGCAGUAGCUUACUUCCAACGAGGGAUGCUCUACUACCAGACAGAGAAGUACGAUUUGGCUAUCAAAGACCUUAAAGAAGCCUUGACUCAGCUUCGAGGGAACCAGCUGAUAGACUAUAAGAUCCUGGGGCUUCAGUUCAAGCUGUUUGCCUGUGAGGUGUUAUAUAACAUUGCUUUCAUGUAUGCCAAGAAGGAGGAAUGGAAAAAAGCUGAGGAACAGUUAGCAUUGGCCACCAGCAUGAAGUCUGAGCCCAGACAUUCCAAAAUCGACAAGGCCAUGGAGUGUGUCUGGAAGCAGAAGCUGUAUGAGCCCGUGGUGAUCCCUGUGGGCAGGCUGUUUCGACCAAAUGAGAGACAAGUGGCUCAGCUGGCCAAGAAGGAUUACCUAGGCAAGGCGACGGUCGUGGCGUCUGUGGUGGAUCAAGACAGUUUCUCUGGGUUUGCUCCUCUGCAACCACAGGCAGCUGAGCCUCCACCCAGACCAAAAACCCCAGAGAUCUUCAGGGCUCUGGAAGGGGAGGCUCACCGUGUGCUGUUCGGGUUUGUGCCUGAGACAAAAGAAGAGCUCCAGGUCAUGCCAGGGAACAUUGUCUUUGUCUUGAAGAAGGGCAAUGACAACUGGGCCACAGUCAUGUUCAACGGGCAGAAGGGGCUUGUUCCCUGCAACUACCUUGAACCAGUUGAGCUGCGGAUCCACCCUCAGCAGCAGCCCCAGGAGGAAAGCUCUCCAGAGUCUGACAUCCCAGCUCCUCCUAGUUCCAAAGCCCCUGGAAGACCCCAGUUGUCACCAGGUCAGAAACAAAAAGAAGAGCCUAAGGAAGUGAAGCUCAGUGUUCCCAUGCCCUACACACUCAAAGUACACUACAAGUACACGGUAGUCAUGGAGACUCGGCCCGGGCUCCCCUACAGCGAGGUCCGGGACAUGGUGUCUAAGAAACUGGAGCUCCGGCUGGAACACACUAAGCUGAGCUAUCGGCCUCGGGACAGCAACGAGCUGGUGCCCCUUUCAGAAGAGAGCAUGAAGGAUGCCUGGGGCCAGGUGAAAAACUACUGCCUGACCCUGUGGUGUGAGAACACAGUGGGUGACCAAGGCUUUCCAGACGAACCCAAGGAAAGUGAAAAAGCUGAUGCUAAUAACCAGACCACAGAACCUCAGCUUAAGAAAGGCAGCCAAGUGGUAGCACUCUUCAGUUAUGAGGCUACCCAACCAGAGGACCUGGAGUUUCAGGAAGGGGAUAUAAUCCUGGUGCUAUCAAAUGUGAAUGAAGAAUGGCUGGAAGGGGAGUGCAAAGGAAAGGCUGGCAUUUUCCCCAAAGUUUUUGUUGAAGAAUGCGCUACUACAGAUUUGGAAAGCGCUCCGAGAGAAGCCUAGGAUGUUUCACAAACUGCAAAGCUGAAAAUGAAGCCCUAUUACUUGUAAAAUUUAGCACCCUUCUGUACACCGUACUGAGACAUUACAGUUUGGAAGUGUUCAUAAAAUGUAACCUACUUGGCAAUGAUGUGAGUACCCAGGAUGAUUUCUUGUGGCACAGGGGGUGAGGGGAUGGGGACAGGUGAAUGGAGGAGUUAGUUAGGGGAGACGAAAAGUAGAUGGAAGUGUCUGGAAAGGGCACGAGAGGGUCUUCUAGGUGCUGAUCCUGUUUUUCCGCUCUGAGUGCUGGCUACCCAGCUGUGUUCACUGUUAAAACCCAUCAAGCUGCACAUCUGGUUGGUGCACUUUCCUGUGUCAUACCAAAAAAAAAAAAAAAACCUAUCUUCAAAAACCAAGACACCUAAGUCCAGGCUCAAGGACCAAGUAUAAAUAUUCCUGUUUCUGAACCAUUACUAUAAUUGACUCUGAAGGCUUGAAAUAACAUUACAGGUUAUUCAUAAGGCAUAUAUAAAUAAACUUGUUUUCUUUUUCCAUUAAGUCUUGUUGCUUAAACAGAACCUGGACUGAGUUAGGUUCUCAGGAAAUACAAUACUCAAUUCCACAGCGAACUAAAUACUAGAAUUACAUACCUUUGUACUUCUGAGAGAGGAACGUGUUACGAACUCAAUACUGAGUAUGUGUCACUGACAUUUAAAUGAUGAAAAGCAGCAGUGUUCAUGAAACCAGUUGGUUAGUAUUAUCUUGUUAGCUGACACUUGGCAAUAUAGUUAUGCAUUGCUUCACAAUGGAGACGUGUUCUGAGAAACGUGUUGUGCAAACAUCUAUCUAGAGUGCACUCACACUAAAUGCUAUAGCCUACUACACAGCUAAGUUACCAGGUAGAGGCUGCCGCUCCUAGGCUACAAACCUGUAUGGCGUGUUACUGUGUUGAAUACUGUAGGCAACUAUACCACAAUGGUAAGUAUCUGUGUAUCUAAACAGAGAAGGUCAGUACAAAUGUAUUAUGAUCUACAGGCGCAUCAUUGAAUAUGCAGUCUGCUGUUGACCAAAACGUUGUUAUAUGGUAAAUGACUGUAUGUACUAAUAUGCAUAACAGAAUGCCACAGAUUUGGUUAACCCAAUUGUCCAAUUUUUCAGGAUUAACUUGGAUGAAGGAUUUUAUAACUAUUAGACCUUAAGGCCUGGCCUUAAUUCCUCUCCCUACCCACUUCUUCUUGUAGUGGAUGUACUGCUUUGCUAACAAUUUUCCAAGUGUGUAGGUGCUUGUGAAAAGCAGAAUAAGGAAGUGAACUGCAAACCGAAUCAACACCUAGGCGAAAGGACAGGUCAGGGUGAGCACACAGACAUUACGGUUAGCUACAGCACUGGCUUCCAGCACACAGCUGAAGACCCAGCAAGCUACCACGGGAAACUUUGGACAUAACUCAAGGAAAAGACUGCCUCAGUAACAGCUACAACAGGAAUAAAAAUGAUGGGCUGUUAACUCCUUAAGUCAUUCUUUUAUUAAACAGAAUAAUUUUGAUAAU